AUGGAUGAAGAACAAAAAUUAGAGUCUGAGUUGCAGAGGAUUUUAGACAUGGUGGGCAACAGUGAUUUGAGUGGAAUGCCAGAAUUUAGUAAUCCUUCAAAUUCUCAAGAUAUUGUGCAUGGCAGUGAAGCAUCGAUUGAUAAAAGUGACAAAAUGCUCUCUUUGACAAACAAAAAUUUUCGAAGUCGGGAAGACCUCAUUGAAGCUGCUCGUAAGAUUGCCUUUGUGCAAGGGUAUGCACUGGUUAUUAGAAGAUCUAAAUAUGAGAAAUAUGUUGUCCUUGGUUGUGAUAGAGGCGGUAAUUAUAAAAGUAGAAGAGUUCCACUAGAGGAAAGAAAAAAGAAAUCAGCAUCUCGCCUCAUAAACUGUCCAUUUGAAAUUUGGGGCAAAAAGAAAAGGAAACUUCAAGGAUUUUGGAAGUUGGAGAUUAAAAGUUUGUUGCAUAAUCAUGAACCUUCAACGGACAUGUCUGGACAUCCCUAUUGUCGUCGAUUUUCAAAUGAGGAAAUUAUGCGGAUUAAAGAGAUGAGUAUGGCUGGUAUACCACCACGCCAAAUUCUCUCUUCACUUCGACAGAGCAAUCCUCAUCUUCUAGCAAUUUCCCGAAACAUUUACAAUAAGAAGGCUAAAAUUUUGGAGGAGAGCCUAGCAGGACGUACGGUUAUUCAAGCAUUAUUGGAUGAACUUGGUGGAGGUGGUUUCUCUUAUAACAUUGAGUAUGACCAAGAAGGGCAUUUGACUCAUUUGUUCUUUGCUCAUCCUAUGUCAAUUGAAUUGAGUAAGAGUUACCCACAUGUAGAAGAACCAAAGAAUGUUACUAACCAAAUUGUCAUUAGGAGCUUAGAUAUGCAAAGAGCAAGCUUUUCUCUGCGCUUGUAUGGAAUGAUAUAG